GCCGCACACUCCCAUUAUGCCCGCUCUCCGCUGUGGCCGCGCCGCUGGCUUAGCACAGCGGCCGCUUCCCUCGCUGCCCGCUGCCCGCUUCGCUCCCCGCCCGCUGCCCGCGGCGCUGCCGCAGCCUCCGCGGACGCGCCCCCGCCUCUCUCCGCCCGCCCCCUCCCCGCCGAGCCCGUGGCUGCUCCCCGCUCCGGCCCUUCCCGCGGCGGCGGAGGGGGAGUGUCCUGGGCGGCGCGCACAGCCCAGCCCAGCCCAGCGCGGCGGCGGGGGAAUGGGCAGCCGCGGGGAGGAGAAGCGCCGGGCGGGCGGCGGAGCGGGCGGGCUGCCGGGGCGCAGCCGGCGGCGGCAGCGGUGGCCGGGCAUGGGGCCCCCGGGCGGUCGCGGCGGCUCCGGCGCCCGCGGCAGCCUGCAGCACUUGCUCCUCUUCCUGCUCUUCGUUGGGCCUUUCAACUGCUUUGCCAGUUACAGCCGCGCCACUGAGCUCUUCUACAGCCUCAACGAGGGGCUGCCUGCUGGCGUGCUCAUCGGCAGCCUGGCCCGUGACCUGCGGCUCCCAACAGCUGGUGGCCAGAACCCUGCUUCUCUGCAGCCCCCACUCUCCUUCACCCUGGCCUCCCAUGGCUUGGGGGGACAGUAUGUGCAGCUGGACAACCGCUCUGGAGAGCUGCACACCUCAGCUGUGGAGAUAGACCGGGAAGCUCUAUGCGUGGAAAGCAGUGAGGCCACCAUCUUCGGAGGAUCAGCUGCUGUCUCCUCUUCCUCUCCCUCAUCGGAGUCAUGCCUACUGCUGCUGGAUGUGCUGGUACUGCCACAGGAGUACUUUCGCCUGGUGAAGGUAAAAAUUGCUAUCCGUGAUGUCAACGACAAUGCACCCCGCUUCCCAGUGCCCCACAUCCGACUCUUGGUGCCUGAGAAUGCACCUGUGAACACUCGCCUGGCGAUCGAGCACCCCGCCCUUGACCCUGACAUGGGCACCAAUGGCGUCCAGACCUACCGCCUGCGAGAUAACUAUGGUGUCUUCACCCUGGAUGUGGAGGAGAAUGAGAACGGGGAGAGGACACCCUACCUGAUUGUUAUGGGGACACUGGACAGGGAGACACAGGACGAGUAUGUCACAGUCAUCGUCGCUGAGGAUGGGGGGACUCCUCCGCUCGUGGGCAGUGCCACCCUCACUAUUGGCAUCAGCGACAUCAAUGACAACUGCCCCCAGUUCAAUGACUCACAGCUCAAUGUCACCCUUUAUGGGAAUUCCAGCCUGGGGACACACGUGGCUACUGUCCACGCGGUGGACAUGGACCUUGGAUCCAACGCCCAGAUCACCUACUCCUACAGCCAGAAGGUCCCCCAGCCAUCCAGAGACUUGUUCCAUCUGAAUGAAAGCACAGGAGCCAUCACACUCUCCACUAAAGUUGAUGGGGCCACUCCAAGGCUACACAGGCUGAUCAUACUGGGCAACGGUCCUGGCUGUAUUCCUGCCGUGAUCACUGUGCUGGUCACCAUCAUCAAAGUCAUGAUGAGGCCACCUGAAGUUGUUCCUCGUUUCAUAGCUAAUGAAGUGGAAGGGGUGGUCUACUUAAAGGAACUCGAGCCUAUCAACACACCUGUAGCAUUUUUUACCAUCAAAGACCCUGAUGAAAAAUACAAAGUCAGUUGCUAUUUGGAUGGUGAUGGGCCUUUCAGACUUUCACCGUACAAGCCAUACAACAAUGAAUAUCUGUUGGAGACCACAAAGCCUUUGGACUUUGAGACACAGCAGCUGUAUGAAAUCUCCGUGGUUGCAUGGAACUCAGAAGGAUUUCAUGUCAGGAAAGUUGUCAAAAUACAGGUUCUGGAUGACAACGACAAUUCACCAGUUUUCUCUGAACAACUGAUAGAAUUGUCCAUUGAGGAGAACAAUGUUCCCAAUGCUUUUUUGACCAAACUGCAUGCUACUGAUGCUGACAGUGGAGAAAGAGGGCAAGUGUCCUAUUUCUUAGGUCCUGAUGCCCCUUCCUAUUUUGCUUUAGAUAAAACCACAGGAGUUCUUACAGUUUCCACCCAGCUGGACAGAGAAGAAAAAGAGAAAUACAGAUAUACUGUCAAAGCAGUAGAUUCUGGAUUCCCUCCAAGAGAAUCAAUAGCAACUGUCACCAUCACUGUAUUGGAUAAAAAUGAUAACAGUCCAAGAUUUAUCAAUAAGGAUUUCAGCUUUUUUGUGCCAGAAAACUUUCCAGGUUUUGGUGAAAUUGGAGUUAUAAGUGUCACAGAUGCUGAUGCAGGGCAAAAUGGAUGGGUUGCCCUUUCAGUUCUGAAUGGAAGUGAUAUUUUUGUUAUAGAUACUGGAAAAGGAGUUUUGAGAGCUAAAGUCUCCCUGGACAGGGAGCAGCAAAGCUCCUACGUUCUGUGGAUUGAAGCAGUUGAUGGCGGUGAUCCUGCCCUGUCUUCUACAGCAAAAAUAACUAUCCUUCUUCUGGACAUAAAUGACAACCCUCCUUUGGUCUUGUUUCCUCAGUCUAAUAUGUCUUACUUGUUAGUCCUUCCUUCUACCCUUCCUGGCUCUCCCAUCACCGAGGUCUAUGCUGUCGAUAAGGACACUGGCAUGAAUGCAGUCAUAGCUUACAGUAUCAUAGGAAGAAGAGGCCCUCGACCCGAGUCGUUUAGGAUUGACCCCAAAACUGGUAAUAUCACCUUGGAAGAGUCACUGAUGCAAAAUGACUAUGGCCUCUAUCGGCUGCUUGUAAAAGUUAGUGAUCACGGCUACCCAGAACCCCUCCAUUCCACUGUCAUGGUGAACCUUUUUGUCAAUGAUACCGUCAGCAAUGAGAGCUACAUCGAAAGUUUGUUAAGGAAGGAGCCUGAUAUCAGUGUAGAAGAAAAGCAACCUCAAAUAUCCAUAGAGCCUACACAUAAAAAAAUGGAGUCGGCAUCCUGCAUGCCUACCUUGGUAGCUCUUUCAAUAAUAAGCUUGGGUUCCAUUGCUUUAGUAACAGGGAUGGGAAUUUACAUUUGUCUAAGAAAAGGGAAAAAGCAUCACAGAGCAGAUGAAAACUUGGAAGUACAAAUCCCAUUAAAUGGAAGAAUUAACCUGCACAUGUUGGAGAAGAAACCAGUGGAGAUUUCUAACAUUUGAUGUUUCUUUGUGUGUAAGUCCAACAUCUGAAAAACCCCGGAUGACACUAAAGCACCUAGCUGUAGGUUGUAUUGACAGAGGUUGCAAUGAAGGACUGCUAAUUUAUAACUUAAUAAUAUUAUAAUUGUAAAUAGCUGUUUACAGUUUUCUAAAUUCAAUUUCAGUGUACAGAUUUUUUAUGAAAUGUUAGUAACUAACAGCUAGCACCCUGACUAUAAAACCAUGGACAUCAUUUCCAGCUUUCAUAAAUCAAUAAGACCAGUGAACAUAAAAAGGGUGAAGGUAAGAUGAUUCUUUUAAACUCAUGUUUUAAAAGUCUUUUUAACCACGAGAGGGCAUCAGAUGCUCCUGAGCAGGGAACUGUUCGAGGUACUGUCCAUGAGAUAAACAGAAUAUAUUUUAAAUACAUUGAUUUUAAUAUAAAAUACCUAUUGGCAUACAGACAUUUAACCACUACAAAAAAAAAAAAAAAAAAAAAAAAAAAAGGUCUGUCCCGAUGUAUGUAUAAUAAAGAGAAUAAAUAUGUUAAAAUG